GUUCGACGAUACCCUUUGUCGUGGGCUACCAACAUUGUUAUCAUUUCGUCAGUCGUCGCUCGAACGUUGAAGUUUUCGCUCAGCGCUCGCUCAGUUUAGUCCAUUGCAGUUCCAUCCAGUGAGAUUCAAAUUGUUAUGAAACGUGAUUGUGCUCAGUGCUGAAUGAAAAAUGGCCGAUACAGACCCGAAACUCCUGCUUCAAAAAUGGGGAAUGGACGCAUCUGCUAUUCAGCGAUUUCAAGGAACUUUUUUCCUUCACAGGCAAUCGUCAUCGCGCAUAAAUGCAAUUUUUCGAAAUGUUUUUUUUUUCUUUUCGAAUGUAAAAUCAAUGGAAAUACGCUGUGCUUAUUAUCUUCGUACGAAGGACAAUCUUCGGGCCUGUACGUCGCUGAACGAGCAUUGCAGCCUUCGUGUCUUCCAUCCAUCUUCGAGCGAAGGCCUCUCUUCUAUCCUCAGUAUCAUCCGUGUUGGUACCGAACAAAGAAAAGAAUGUGCUCCUCUAACUUCGUACGACGAUCUGGCUCAAUCGUCAAGCAUGGAGAAUUCGUCCACCGGGAAUCCAAGCAUUAUAAUGCUGUCCAUUCAACGCGUGGCAAAACGAUAUUCAAAGGGGGAAAAAAAUAUCAUGAUACAAAUGUGCUCCAGAAGUUUUCAUCCUCGAUUGGUCUCUGGAAAGUGGGAGGAAGUGGGAUAUUGAGCAAUCGACUCUCAAUUUAUAUCUGUAUCUCUAUUAAGUAAUGUUUAUUUUCUAUAUAACUAAACUCUUCAAUAUUUUGAUAAUCCUCUGUUGCUUCGGUAUAUAAGCCUCGUGCGUUUAUCCAUCCAGUCAGAUCAAUAUUGUACGUCGUUGGCAAGAUUUGCAUCCGAGGGAUUUCCCGUAAUCCCAAUCCUAUACGUGUAAUCUUAUUAUCGGUGAUGACCUCGAUGGCGUAUCGCGGUACAACCAUCGGCUUCUCAUCACUGUCCAUUAAUAAGUUGAGAAUGUUGGGAAUUAAAGUUCACUGA